AUGUCUGUACUGCUCAGCCCCUUCUUCCCUCCUUUCUUCACCGCUCCCUACUUCUCGCCAUUCCCUUCCGCUUCUGCUGCCGCUUGUACACACGCCCUUGCCCCCUCCUCUUUGUCUCUCUCCUCUACUUCUGCUGCUGCAAUUACACCCACUCCUGCCCCCACCUGCUCGUCCUUCUCCUCGGCUUCCGCUGCUGCUGGUACGCACGCCCAGGUCCCCUCUCUCUCAUUCUUCCCUUCCCCUUCUGUUGCUGCCCAUUCCCUCACCUUCUCAUCCUUUCCUUCAGUGUCUGCUGCUACUAAUUCACACACUCCCGCCUCCUCCUUCUCAUCCUUCGCUUCCCCUUCUGCCACUGCCCAUGCUCUCACCUUCUCAUCCGUCUCUCCCCCUUCUGCCACUGCCCAUGCCCUCACAUUCCUCUCCAUCCCUCCUCGCUCAGACACCAUAACCCCUCUCCUCCUUUCCUUUUCUCCUCUGCUGCCUGUGCUGGUUCCGUACAGCACUCGCUCUAUUCCUUCCCUCGUCGCUCUUGCACAUGCAGAUCCUUCAACCUGGGGAUUCGUCUCCGUUGGCGCCAGCGCGCGUUCCACCCCCCCGUGCAGCUGGGGAUUCGUCUCCGUCGGCGCCAGCGCGCCUUUCGCCUCCCCGCGCUGCUGGGGAUUCGUCUCCGUCGGCGCCAGCGCGCCUUCUGCCUCCCCGCGUAGCUGUGGAUUCGUCUCCGUCGGCGCCAAUGCGCCUUCCGCCUCCCCGCGCAGCUGGGGAUUCGUCUCCGUAGGCGCCAGCACGCCUUCCGCCUCCCCGCGCAGCUGGGGAUUCGUCUCCGUCGGCGCCAGCGCGCCUUCCGCCUCCCCGCGCAGCUGGGGAUUCGUUGAGCUCUUCCUCUUCGCCGUCAAUGCUUGGCGCGUCCAUCUCCAUGUCGUCGUCGCGACGCCUAUCUUCCACUCCGUGCUGGCCUCCUGCCAGAUCCCACGGAUCGCUGGCUGCGGGCUGCCUCCUCGGCUCCGAUCUGACGUCCCCUCUCUCUCAUUCUUCCCUUCCCCUUCUGUUGCUGCCCAUUCCCUCACCUUCUCAUCCUUCCCUUCAGUGUCUGCUGCUACUAAUUCACACACUCCCGCCUCCUCCUUCUCAUCCUUCGCUUCCCCUUCUGCCACUGCCCAUGCUCUCACCUUCUCAUCCUUCUCUCCCCCUUCUGCCACUGCCCAUGCCCUCACAUUCGUGGCUCGCUCCCUUCCUCCGUCCCUGCCCCCACUGCGCAGCCCAAUGGCUUCAAUGCUACCUCUCCGUCCCUCCUCGCUCAGACACCAUAACCCCUCUCGUCCUUUCCAUUUCUCCCCUGCUGCCCGUGCUGGUUCCGUACAGCACUUGCUCUAUUCCUUCCCUCGUGUCUCUUGCACAUGCAGAUCCUUCAACGUGACGCCCAGGCCUCCUCGGGCCCAUAGGGCUAGGGAUUCUCCCUCGGGCAUCUUCACGCUCCCCCCAGCGCCUCUCUGCAUCUUCCCGACGCUUCUCUCCCCUUGCAGGGGACCGUACUGGUACCGCCGCACUCUGUCCUCUCGCUGUCGCUCCUUCUCUGCUGCCCUCGAGACUUCUGGUGACCGCACAAAUUCUUUCCUGCCUCGCCUGUCCUCCUCGCGCCUCCACUCCGUUCCUCUUUCCGCUAGGGAUUCGUCUCCGUCGGCGCCAGCGCGCGUUCCACCCCCCCGCGCAGCUAGGGAUUCGUCUCCGUCGGCGCCACCGCGCCUUCCGCCUCCCCGCGCUGCUGGGGAUUCGUCUCCGUCGGCGCCAGCGCGCCUUUCGCCUCCCCGCGCAGCUGGGGAUUCAUCUCCGUCGGCGCCAGUGCGCCUUCUGCCUCCCCGCGCAGCUGGGGAUUCGUCUCCGUCGGCGCCAACACGCCUUCCGCCUCCCCGCGCAGCUAGGGAUUCGUCUCCGUCGGCGCCAGCGCGCCUUCCGCCUCCCCGCACAGCUAGGGAUUCGUCGAGGCUUGGCGCGUCCAUCUCCAUGUCUCCAAUAUGA